AUGAUUGUUCAAGUUCAUGGUAAUGAGUUCAUUAUAAAAUACUUUGAUGAAGGAAAUCAUAAAAAGCACAUUGUGUUUUGGGAUGGAAGAAAAGCAUUGUGUAGUUGCAAGAACUUUGAGUUUUGGGGUAUUCUUUGUCGGCAUAUAUUUCGGGUGCUCAACCACAAAGAUUGUUUUAAAAUUCCACCUGAAUACUUACCUUUACGUUGGUGUCGGAAUUUAUUACAAAGUGGCGGUGUGUUUCAAAAUGUGUCACAAGAAGAGACGUUUAUGGACGAUCAAUUAGAAGGUGGUGAUAUUUUGUGUCCUCCAAAGUCCGUAACAAAAGGGCGUCCAAAAAAAAGACGUCUCAUGGGUGGAAAAGAGUUGGCAAAUAAGACAAUCAAGACUUGUUCGAUAUGCAAAGAAAGCGGACACACGAAACCCACAUGUAGCAAUAAAGAGAAUAAUAUGGUCUUAGGUACUCGUUCUUCAAAUUUGAGUGGAAAGAAAUGUUUAGCUAGUGAUAUAGGAUUGAAUCCUAUUUUCACUUUGAAGUAUUAG